GAGUCAGGGGAGUCUGCGCUGCAGCUUUGUCGCCGAGCAGAAGCCGGUGUGAGGGCGGCAGUGUCGUGUCGUGUCGCGGGAGGCUCCGUCGUCCGGAGAGCUGCUGAGUUAACAUGGCAACCAGUUCAGAAAGUCCUCUCUCUAGCUAUGAGGCAGAAGAUACCCAAGGCUCAAAAUUGCUUAGAAAAUCCCGGGAGUCCCCGUUUGUCCCAGUUGGCAUUGCAGGUUUUGCAGCAGUGGUAGCCUAUGGACUCUACAAACUGAAGCACAGAGGGAACACCAAAAUGUCUGUUCACCUGAUUCAUAUGCGUGUGGGAGCACAGGGCUUUGUCGUGGGUGCCAUGACUUGUGGUGUGCUUUAUUCCAUGUAUCGAGAAUACUUGGCCAAGCCCAAGCCCUAGGGAAGCGCGAACUGAAACCUGUGUGUGCUGGUGUUCUUAUGUACUCUAAUGUUAGGCUUCACAUGGAAAUGCUGCUGCUGUCAAAACAAACAAGGCUGCAGCUCUAACUUUGCACAUCUCACGCAUGGUAUAAACCUCUAUGAUGCCAGUGUUACUCUAGAUUAGGUGGUUGGUGACAAAAGUUGCCCCUUUCUGUCAUGAUCAGGACCAUAAACUGAUAUUUUACAGAUUACAACCCUUUUCACUAUGCAUACCUGACACUUAGGCACUCUGUGGCUUAGAGGUCCAGAAUUUCAUCUUCAGAGGUUGUUGACUGAGAAAGCAAACAAGAAAAUAAAGGGAGGGGUGUGCCAGUGUUCCUGUCAUUUCUCUUCAAGAGAUGCAAGGCCGGCCUCUCGGUAGCCCUGAUUUCUUUAAACUCCAAUAGAACACAUCGUGUGGAAUAAAUAGUGGAUAAAGCUAUUAAAAAUAUAUUUAUUAUUUGGUAUCGUGGAAAGUUAACUUAUUUGACCGGAUAAGGCAUUGCAGCUUCUAAAAUUGCACGUUUCUUUUUGGGUGUGUUGAUGUCAGAUUUUAUUUAAGGAGCAUCUAUACAGCUUAUUUGUUAGAAAAUUCUAGCAGUAAAAGAAUAGGGCCAACGGAGUGGUGGCAGUAUGGAUUGUGGCAUUACAUUUGGGCACUCGGGGAAGCCCUUGCCUGCCACUCCAGCUCAAAACUAUGAGAGGAGGGAGCGAGGCCUGGGCCCCUCCUGCCCAGUGGCCAGCCAUUAUUGGGUAUAUCUGUAAUCACCUUCUUAAAUCACUAAACGUUGACUUUUAUUGUCAAAUUGACAGCUAGUACAUGGACCCUGCAGCUGUGGCUACAAUGAAAUAUAACAUAUGUCAACUUUAUAUUUUUUUUUUGGUGAAGUUCUUUGCAUUCCCUGGUUUUAUCAUGGUAUAUUGAGAGUUGCUAAUCAAUGCAGUGUAAAUCUAAUCUAAUGACUCUGGUUUUAUUAAAUAAUAUGUACAUAAGAA